CUUCGCUCGCGGCAGCGCUUCUGCCUGCUCUUGCCCCUCUCGCCGCGAUGCCACGAUGCAGCGCACUAGAUGCACCCUCCCGGCGCGGCACGGCGCCGGGCCGCUCGUCGGCGCGGUCUGAUUGCCGCCGCGGCUCUCGUCGCGCCGCUUCGUCUCCGCCGCCGUCUCGGCGGCCGCGCGGGCUGAGCUGGGAAGGUUCCGCUCUGGAACUUAUUUACGUGGGCACCGCACCGCCUCGCCUCGCGCCUCGCGCGGCCAACUCUCCACCCGCGGCGGCUGGCCGGCGCCACACGUACCUCCGCAUCUCGCUCGUACUGCAUGCCCGCGGACGGCGUGUCGCUCACGGACGCGCGGCGGCUCCUCUCGGCGGAGGAGCUGCUCCGCCUCGCCGCCCUCUUCGUCCGCGCCGGAGUCGACAAGAUCCGCCUCACGGCAUCCUGUACGUGCAGAAUGUGGCGCCCGGCGACAGCGCGGCGUGGGUGCUCGAGGAGCUCAACCGGCGCAUCGACCGGUUCACCUACCGGCCAGAGUCCGUCAAGGAGCUCCCCUCCUCGGGCUGGUCGACGCCGCCGCAUUUUGCGAAUGCCGACGAGCAGGCCAACCUGAACGACAUCAUCGCGUCGUCUCUCAACGGCGCCCCCACGUUUGCGGCCGGCGUCGAGUUCUACGAGGCCCGCUUCAAGAAAGACAAGGGGUCGCAGGAGGCGGCCAAGCGGAUGCAGGACGGCCGAUGGACGCGCAAGCAGCAGCAGGGCGAUGUCGCGCCGGCGCGCCAGCGGCUCGUCCCGCUCGUCUCGCUCAAGCCAGACCAUAGCCUCGACAAGGUCGUCCACCUGUGCAAGAUGGACUCGUGGGGCGCCGUCUCCGCCGCCCCGCUCCGCGUGCCCGGCAACGCCUCUGCGCCCGCCGCGUCGCUGCUUCUCGCCCCCGAGUGGCUCUUCUCUCACUUUCCGUACGGCAUCUUCUUCCCGGCGUACCGCGUCUGCCACGCCGCCUCGUGGGGGUGGGAGAAGGUGGCGCCCGAGACGUGGGUGUCGCCGCGGACAGAGCGACUGCUCGUGGCCGGGCCAGACAUGCUGCGGGCGGGCCUCGCCUCAAUGUCCGACUUCGACGCGUUUGCAGCGCGGCUGCUGCUGCUCGGCCUGCUUCUCGGCCGGCGCGUCGUCAUGCCGCCGCUGCCAAAGGAUGCGCGCUGGGCGGAGCGAGCUAUCGAGCCGCGUCACCUGAGGGCGAUCGAGGUCGGGUGCGGGCCGGACAAGCAGCGCGUCUGGCUCCCCAUGCCGCACUUCAAGGAGCCGUGGUGCAGCGGGGUCGACUUUUUGUACGAGAUCGACUACCGCGCCGUCGCCCCCUCCAUCCCGCCCGCGGACGUGUCCCACAUCGCCGCCGCCUCGCUCCGCGUGGCGCCCGAGUCGGCCGCCGGGGCGCUCAUCACCAUGUCGGACGGGGCGAGAAGACACACGCCUUCGCCCCCCCGACGGCCCGAGUUGCCUGCCGCGUCUCUUCACAGCACGCCCGCUGUGAACAGGCGACCCCACCCGCCUCGCGCGUGCUCGUCCUCAACGCGGCGGGCGGCGGCGGCGGCGGCGGCUCGCCGCUCGGCUGGCUCCCGAUCGACGACUGGAAGAAAAACGAGUGGAAGGGUCCGUUUGCACGCCGCGUGCGGCCGGCGCUCGAGGCGGCGGGGCUCGAGAACCUCAGGAUCGUGCGCGAUUGCAUGCACUCCCUCGCGACGAGCAGGGACUAGACUUGCUCGACGGGCGCGCGCCGGAGCAACACGCCAAGAUCACCGCAGAGUGCAGCACGACGGGGGGAGUUCGGCGCACAUGUCUCACAUGCGUCUGCAGGGGUUUGUUGCUAGCUUUUUUAUGCGGUUCUGACGUCUCAGAUAACGAC